AUGGCCUCCCGCGAAGGCAUCAAUCCCCUACGCCCCUACUAUAUCCCUCCCUCUCUCGGCCUGGAGCACAACAACACCUCCGCCUCCACUCCCGACAUCGCCCCCUCGUCCUCCACGCAGGUGUUUUCCAGCUCGGCGCGCGACCUGCUGCCCGAUUUGGACUAUUCCGAGUACCUGGACUCGUCUUCAUCAGCUUCGGACUGGAUUCGGGAUGCCGUGAAUCGGGCCUUCUGGCGGUACACGACUGUGUUGACUGCUCAGCCGUUUGAUGUUGCCAAAACUAUUCUGCAGGCGUAUGUGGUGCCCGAUCCGUAUGAAGAGGGGUCUAGAGCAAACCGACGACGGUCUGUUCCCCGUGGCGGAGAGAGUGCCUAUGGAACUACAGAAGAUGAGGAAGAUGACUAUCACUCAUCCGACGAUGAGAGCAGCUACUUCACAUCUGCAGCACCCAGAGGCUUGUCUCCCGGGGCCUCUCACUCCAGGGGAAGGUCUCGUCGCCGUGAAAUCACCGACCGGAGCGGUUAUAUCCCCUCGUCUACAUCAUCCCGAUAUGCCUUGUCCCUCAAAAACCCCUCCUCAUUGAUGGAGACCAUCUCACAGCUCUGGGCUACCAGCGGACCAACUUCCCUCUGGAAAGCCUCGAAUGCUACUUUCAUUUAUUCGUUGCUGUUACCGACCCUCAACACGUUCAUUCGCAGCCUCCUCUCGGCAAUUGUCGGUCUGCCAGAGGAGGAAAUCGCCUCGUCCAUGACGGCCGAUAUCCUAGCCUCGACAUCCCCCAUCGCAACGCUGGUGCUGUCAUUUAUCUCCUCGUCCAUCUCGUCCCUCAUUCUGGCCCCGAUUGACACGGCCCGCACAUUCCUCAUCCUCACCCCGGCCACGCACGGCCCGCGGUCUCUCCUCCGUGCCAUCAAACUCCUUCCCACCCCCAAUUCGACCAUCCCUGGCCACCUGAUUCCCAUCACCAUCCUGCACUCCAGUUUGCCAAACUUCAUCCUAACCACGACACCCUUCUUCCUAAAAACAUACCUCUCGCUCGACCCCAUUCUGAACCCCUCCAUGUGGAGCAUGUUCACCUUCCUCGGCUCCGGUCUGGAAAUGGCCAUCCGCUUCCCGCUCGAGACAGUCCUCCGCCGCGCCCAGAUCGCAAGCUACACAUGUCCCAGCAUCCGACAGAGUCCCGCCACCAGCCGUGCCUCUGGGCUCUCGCCGAGAGACGCUUCCCCGUCUACUCCCGCAGACCCAGCGGCAGAAAUCGAAACCAUCAUCCCCACUCCGAAAACCUACCGCGGUAUCAUCGGUACAAUUUGGGGCAUCGUGUACGAAGAAGGCGCCACCGCGCCGCCGGAGAACGAGCGCGCCCACGAACUCCUCAAAAAACCCGUCUCGCAAAAGAAGAAACAGGGACAGGGUAUUCAAGGUCUCUACCGUGGAUGGCGGAUCGGUAUGUGGGGAAUUGUUGGCAUCUGGGGAGCUGGUGUGCUUGGUUCUGCGGGAGGUAGUGGUGAUGAAGAGGUGAUGGUUAGCGGAGGUCGAUUCUAG